UCAUCGCAUAGUUGCCUGCUCAAGUGCCUUAGAAAUAUUAUUCUUGUUUUACCUUUCUAAUGCCUGAAAGUGCACCGUUGGAUAUGACUAUUUUUAAUCCAGUUUGUAUAUAUGGGUGUUAUUCGGUUUGAAUGACGUUAAAUUUUGUGUUUUGUUUUUUUGUUUUUGUUUUUUUAACUGGCGAAAGCACUGCUCUCCACGCCACUCUCCCCGAAGCGGCUUUUGCGUGGAGUAACUGAGGAGAUGGAGGCUCAGGCUUCUGUGAACCUGCCUCAUCCAAAAAAUGGGCCGCAGCAAAAUCAAAAGAGAAAUGCCAGGAGAAAGCAGCCGCAGCAUUCUGCUGAUAUAGUGUUCACAAAAGGGACAUCUAUCCAGACCGUGCCUUCUCUCAGCAAACAGUUGAAGGGGGUCACAGAGUGUGUCAUCGGUCUUCAGUAUGUGUGGGAGUACCGCAGCCCAAGUAAAUCUGUCCCACCUCACUACCAGUGCAAACUCUGUGCCGUAUACCGCAUGCAGCAUGAUAUGGUUGCUCAUGUGAAAGGCUGGAAACACAGCUUCAGAUACUUGAAAAAGGUCCACCCUGAGAAGAUCACCUGUGAAGAGGAAGAGGCCAUCAGAGACCCUGCUGUAAGAAAGACCAUUAAAGACAUUGCUGCUGAGGUGGAGAAAACAGAGGGGAGGGGACAACUCAAGGUGAUCCUGAAGGAGCCCUGUGAGGUACCUGCUUUCAAAGGGCUCCGUUCUGCUGCUCCUAAAAUUAUGCCUCCGGCAGCUCCAGGGAUGGGACUAAAGGGACCACCCUUUGGUCCUAGGUUUCCUGACCAGAGGUUUCCAGGGGAGUUUCCUCCUCAGUGUGGUCCUCUCUCUGACUACACAGUAGGAGAGUAUGGGGAGCCUGGUUCUGGAGGAUACUCAACCAGGCAAGAUUUCCCGAACUCUGGUAUGGAUCGGAGACCUUUCCUAGACGGUAUGGGCCAUCGCCCAGCUAGGAGUGGAGGUGGUUUUGGACCAGGUGGUGGAAGAGAUGGCUAUGGAAGGAGUGGACUGUUGGAGGAGAACCCAGGCAGGAUGUAUCCUGACGAGUACCAAGGUGGCCAAAUGGGACGCAGCUUAAUGGAAAGACCAAUGGACAAGCCACUGGACAGGCCAGGCUUGAUGGGAGCAGCUCCAGAAAGUAGCAACCUUCCUAAUACACUGCUCACUUACCUGGAUACUUUCCGGAUAGAGAAUGAGAGUGAUGCACAGCUGGUGCUGAAGGUGACACAGAAACUAACAGAUGUGCUGAUGGAGUACAGACUGAGGAGUGUGUCAGCGGGUUCAAGUGUGAACAGCUUUUCAAUGAGCUCCACAAGUUUCUCCUCUACACCUUCCAGAUUGUCAAGUAGUAGUGAACGAUACUCAGGUAGCCUCUCAGGUCCAUCCAGGUACUCUGAUGGUCCACCCAGGUAUUACAAAUGACAAUCAGAUGAUAUGACACCUCAGUCCUCUCAAUGCUCUGUCCUAAGUGUGCAUCGAUCAUGACAUCCAAGAGUAGAAUGUUUUGUUUUUUAUGCUUUUAGGGCAUAGUUGUUUUUUGUUUUUGUUUUUUCUGUUGCUACCCAGUAGUUUUCUUUUUUAAAUGUUUUUGAUUUUCUUUAGAAUAUGGGAAGAUUUAUAAGUUGUAAAGUUUUACACAAAAUGGCGUGCAUGUUUUCAGCGUGAUCAUUUCAGUGUAUGACCACUGUUCGUUUCCUAAGGUCGAGUUCUAUUAAAAGUAAUGGAGAUAAAGAGCCGUGUGUUU